AGUUUUUGUCCCGCAGCUGCAGCUCAAUGCGGAGCAGAUGCUGAUGAAGGAAGGCAGAGGAGCACCCGAGUGUCCGAGGCUGAAGAACAACACCGACGCCGAGAGAGCGGCUGACAGUCAUACGGGCGGAGAGACGGCGGCGGCAGGGAUGUCUGUCUCCACACAGCUGGGUCUGUUGCUGUGGAAGAACUUCACCUACAGGCGACGGCAGACGCUUCAGCUCCUGGUGGAAAUCGUCUGGCCGCUCUUCAUCUUCUUCAUCCUCAUCGCCGUGCGGCUGAACUACCCUCCGUACGAACAGCAUGAGUGUCAUUUUCCCAACAAGGCGAUGCCGUCAGCUGGCACGCUGCCGUGGCUUCAGGGAAUCCUCUGCAACGCCAACAACCCCUGCUUCAGAAACCCGACGCCGGGCGAGUCACCGGGCGUCGUCGGCAACUUCAACGACUCCAUAAUUUCUCGCCUGUUUUCGGACGCUAAGAAGAUUCUCCUGUACAGUCAGAACGAUAAGAACCUGGACGGAUUCAAGGAGCUGACUCAGGCUCUGCAGGCGCUGCAGCAGAGCCGAUCAGGCUUCCAGCUGAAGCACUUCCUGCGGGACGAGGAGACGCUGUCCAGCUUCCUGCUGAGGAACGCCUCCUUCUCCGAACGCCACACUCAGCAGAUCCGAGACGCCGACAUCAACCUGGAGAAGGUCCUCCUGAAAGGUUUCGCGGUCCACCUGAGGGACAUGUGUCCCAGGAAGGGGGGCAAGGGGAGACUGGAGGACUUUGUGACGAUCUCGGACCAACAGCUGGCGACGCUGGUACAGGAAGCGAUCUGUCAGGCCCCGCCCACCUGGCUGAACCACGCCGAGGAGCACUUCCUGAACAACCUGGACUUCUUCAAACCCCUGCGGAGGGACGUGAAGUCCGACCCCCAGGCCGUCCAACAGGUCGUACGGGCGACCAACAGCCUCCUGGACAGUCUGGGUUCUCUGGCAGUCGAGUUGGCCAGUAUGAAGAGCUGGGUCGACCUGAGGAACGAGAUCAUCUUCCUGACGCAGAACGCCACGUCGUCGCCCAGCACCAUGUACCAGGCGGUCUCCAGGAUCGUGUGCGGUCACCCUGAAGGCGGCGGCCUGCAGAUCAAAUCCCUGAACUGGUACGAGGACAGCAACUACAAGGCUCUGUUCGGAAACCACAACAGCAGCGAGGACGAGCCCGCCGCGCUCUACGACAACUCCUCCACUCCGUACUGUAACAGCCUGGUGAAGAACAUGGACUCGAACCCGAUGUCCCGGAUGAUCUGGCAGGCUCUGAAGCCUCUGCUGAUGGGGAAGAUCCUGUACACCCCCCACAACCCCGCCACCCAGAGGGUCAUCCACGAGGUGAACCGGACCUUCCAGGAGCUCGGUGUGUUCAGGGACCUGGGCGGGAUGUGGGAGGAGAUGAGACCCAAAGUCUGGGACUUCAUGGAGAACAGCGAGCAGAUGGACGUGAUCAGGACGCUCCUGAAGAACAACAUCACCGCCAGCUUCUUCCACGCUCAGCUGGCCGACACCGACUGGACCGUGGCCGACGUCUCCAACUUCCUGGCCAAGCAGGCGGAGGACCCCCGGUCGGCGGGCGGCACCGUCACCUGGAGGGACGUGUUCAACGAGACGGACCAGGCCAUCAUGAGUAUCUCCCGCUUCAUGGAGUGUGUGAACCUGGACAAGCUGGAGCCGGUCUCCACUGAGGAGCGACUGGUCAACCAGUCCAUGCUGCUGCUGGAGGACAGGAAGUUCUGGGCGGGGAUCGUCUUCCCGGACAUCGACCCCAACGCCACCGAGCUGCCGGCCAAACUCAACUACAAGAUCCGCAUGGACAUCGACAACGUGGAGCGGACCAAUAAGAUCAAAGACGCGUACUGGGAUCCAGGUCCUCGUGCUGACCCGUUUGAGGACAUGCGGUACAUCUGGGGCGGGUUCUCAUACCUGCAGGACGUUAUUGAGCAAGGCAUCAUCAGAGCGAUGACGGGCACCAAGGAGAAGACGGGCGUCUACAUCCAGCAGAUGCCGUAUCCCUGCUACGUGGACGACAUCUUCCUGCGGGUGAUGAGCCGCUCCAUGCCUCUCUUCAUGACCCUGGCCUGGAUGUACUCGGUGGCGAUCAUCCUGAAGAGCGUGGUGUACGAGAAGGAGGCGAGGCUGAAGGAGACCAUGAGGAUUAUGGGACUGAAUAACGGCAUCUUGUGGUUCAGCUGGUUCAUCAGCAGCCUGAUCCCUCUGCUGAUCAGCGCCGGCCUGCUGGUCCUGCUGCUCAAGAUGGGGAACCUGCUGCCCUACAGCGACCCCGGCGUCGUCUUCCUCUUCAUGGCGUCUUUCGCCGUGGUGACCAUCAUGCAGUGCUUCCUGCUCAGCACGGCGUUUGCCCGUGCUAACCUGGCCGCCGCCUGCGGAGGAAUCCUCUACUUCACCCUCUACCUGCCCUACGUGCUCUGCGUCGCCUGGCAGGACUACAUCGGCUUCGGAGCCAAAGUCUUCGCUAGCCUCCUGUCCCCCGUGGCGUUCGGGUUCGGCUGCGAGUACUUCGCUCUGUUCGAGGAGCAGGGGGUCGGGAUCCAGUGGAAGAACUUGGUGUCCAGUCCUUUGGAGGAGGACGACUUCAGCCUCCGCACCGCCAUCAUCAUGAUGUACGUGGACUCCUUCCUGUACGGAGUCCUCACCUGGUACCUCGAGGCCGUGUUUCCAGGUCAGUACGGGAUCCCCCGACCCUGGUUUUUCCCCUUCACCAAGUCCUACUGGUCCGGAGAGAAAGAGGGGAGGUCCACCAACGUCCCUCUGAGCCGGAAAGGAAACCCAGAAGCUGUGUGCAUAGAGGAGGAGCCGGCCCACCUGGAGCCGGGAGUCUACAUCGAGAACCUGGUCAAGGUUUACCGUCACGGAAAGAAGCUGGCUGUGGACGGACUGACGCUCGGCUUCUACGAGGGACAGAUCACCUCCUUCCUGGGACACAACGGGGCCGGAAAGACCACCACCAUGUCCAUCCUGACCGGGCUGUUCCCCCCGACCUCCGGUACCGCCUACAUCCUGGGCAGAGACAUCCGGACCGAUCUGAGCGCCAUCAGACAGAGUCUGGGAGUUUGUCCACAACACAACGUCCUCUUCAGCAUGCUGACGGUGGAGGAGCACAUCUGGUUCUACGGCCGGCUGAAAGGGCUGUCGGAGGAGCAGGUGAAAAGUGAGAUCGAGCAGAUCCUGCAGGACACCGGGCUGCCGCACAAACGCACCUCCAGGGCCAACGCGCUCUCCGGCGGCAUGCAGAGGAAGCUGUCUGUGGCUCUGGCCUUCGUCGGGGGGUCGAAGGUCGUGAUCCUGGACGAGCCCACGGCCGGCGUCGACCCCUACGCCCGCAGAGGGAUCUGGGAUCUGCUGCUGAAGUACAGACAGGGGCGGACCAUCAUCCUGUCCACACACCACAUGGACGAGGCGGACAUCCUGGGAGACCGGAUUGCCAUCAUCUCCCACGGCAAGCUGUGCUGCGUGGGCUCGUCUCUAUACCUGAAGAACCAGCUGGGGACGGGCUACUACCUGACGCUGGUGAAGAAGGAACCCGAGGCGUCGCUCAGCUCCUGCAGGAACUCCACCAGCACCGUGUCCUUCACCAAGAAGGAGGAGGAGUGCGCCUCGGUCAGCAGCAGUGACGCAGGACUUGGCAGCGAACAUGAAAGUGAGGCUGCUGCCACCGAGAACGGCCCCGCGGCAUCCAUCUGCGACGUCCCCUUCGCCCCCCCCGGCGUGUCCCUGGUCUCGGGUCUGAUCCUGUGUCACGUCCCCGCCGCCCGCCUGGUGGAAGACCUCGGGCACGAGCUGACCUACAUCCUGCCGUACAGCGCCGCCAAGGACGGAGCCUUCGUGAAGCUCUUCAAAGACCUGGACCAGAAGCUGCCCGACCUCGGCAUCUCCAGCUACGGCGUGUCUGACACCACCCUGGAGGAGAUUUUCCUGAAAGUGGCUGAAGAUAACGGAGUCGACACUGAAGUGCCUUCAGAUGGUACGCUUCCUGUUCGGAGGCGGAGGAGGACGCACGCCUUCGGGGGAGGAGACCAUCAGAGCUGCCUGAGGCCUUUAACGGAGGACGACAACAACGACUGCAACGAGUCCGACGGAGACCCGGAGAGCCGGGAGACGGACUGGCUGAACUGCACGGACGGUAAAGGGUCGUAUCAGGUGAAAGGCUGGAGUCUGAGGAGGCAGCAGUUUGUGGCUCUGAUGUGGAAACGAUUUCUGUACGCUCGCCGCUCCAGGAAGGGCUUCUUUGCUCAGAUUGUUCUUCCUGCUGUGUUUGUGUGCAUCGCUCUGGUCUUCAGUCUCAUCGUCCCCCCGUUCGGAAAAUACCCGAGUCUGGAGCUGCAGCCCUGGAUGUACGAGGACCAGGUCACCUUCAUCAGUGACGACGCUCCCGGAGACGCCAACAUGCACAAGUUAUUAAACGCUCUGCUGGACGCUCCGGGCUUUGGGACGCGCUGCAUGGACGGACAUCCCAUCCCAGAGGCUCCCUGUACGUUGGGCGAUGAGGACUGGCAGACUCCUGCCGUCCCAGAAAGCGUCCAGCAGCUGUUCAGCUCCGGAAACUGGACCAUGGAGAACCCGUCUCCGGCCUGUUUCUGCAGCUGCGACGGCCACAAGAAGAUGCUGCCGGACUGUCCUGCCGGAGCCGGAGGACUGCCCCCCCCCCAGAUGAAUCUCAGCGCCACCGACACUCUGCAGAACCUGACAGGAAGAAACAUCUCCGACUACCUGGUGAAAACCUACGCGCAGAUCAUCGGCAAGAGCCUGAAGAACAAAGUCUGGGUGAACGAAUUCAGAUACGGAGGUUUUUCAUUGGGCGCUAGGAGCACUCAGGUCCUCCCACCGGCCAAUGAGGUUGACGACGCCAUCGAACGAGUCAGAAAGAUCUUUGAGUUACAGAAGGGAGCUGCUGCAGAUCGCUUCCUCGACAAUUUGUCGGGUUUCAUCAACGGGUUGGACACGAAGAACAACGUCAAGAUCUGGUUCAAUAACAAAGGCUGGCACAGCAUCGGGGCCUUCAUCAACGUGAUGAACAACGGCAUCCUGAGAGCGAACCUGCCCGCAGGCAGCGACGCCACCAAGUACGGAAUCAGCGCCUUCAACCACCCUCUGAACCUGACCAAGGAGCAGCUGUCCCAGGUCGCACUGGUAACAACCUCUGUGGACGUCCUGGUGUCCAUCUGUGUGAUCUUCGCCAUGUCCUUCGUCCCGGCCAGCUUCGUGGUCUUCCUCAUCCAGGAGCGAGUCAGCAAAGCCAAACACAUGCAUUUCAUCAGCGGAGUGCAGCCGCUGCUCUACUGGGUGGCCAACUUCAUCUGGGACAUGUGUAACUACAUCGUCCCUGCAGCGCUGGUCAUCCUCAUCUUCAUCUGUUUCCAACAAAAUGCCUACGUGUCCACCACCAACCUGCCGGCCCUCGCCCUGCUGCUGCUGCUCUACGGGUGGUCGAUCACUCCUCUGAUGUACCCGGCCUCCUUCUUCUUUAAGAUCCCCAGCACGGCGUACGUCGUCCUCACCAGCGUCAACAUCCUCAUCGGCAUCAACGGCAGCAUCUCCACCUUCGUCAUGGAGCUGUUCGGAAACAAUGAGAUUGGAGGAAUCAACGACAUCCUGAAGAACGUCCUCCUCAUCUUCCCGCACUUCUGUCUCGGUCGAGGACUCAUCGACAUGGUGAAGAACCAGGCGAUGGCCGACGCCCUCGAGAGAUUUGGUGAGAACCGGCUGCGCUCCCCGCUGGAGUGGGACAUGGUGGGCAAGAACCUGUUUGCGAUGGCUGUGGAGGGAGUGGUCUUCUUCAUCAUCACCGUCCUCAUCCAGUACAGGUUCUUCAUCAAACCCAGGCCCGUCAGUAAACUCACCAAGCUGGGAGCUGUGGGUGAGGAGGACGAGGACGUGGCCCGAGAGAGACAGAGGAUCGUCCACGGCCUCGGACACGGAGACAUCCUGGAGCUCCGACAGCUCACCAAGGUGUUUAAGAGGAAGCAGAAGCCGGCGGUGGAUCAGCUGUGUGUCGGGAUUCCACCUGGAGAGUGCUUCGGGCUGCUGGGAGUGAACGGAGCUGGAAAAACGACCACCUUUAAGAUGCUGACAGGAGACACGCUGGUGACCAGCGGAGAGGCCUUCCUGGCCGGGAAGAGUAUCCUGAGGGAGAUCGAUGAGGUACAUCAGAACAUGGGUUACUGUCCUCAGUUUGAUUCCAUCAACGAGCUGCUAACAGGAAGAGAACAUCUGGAGUUCUACGCCAUCCUCAGAGGAGUCCCCGAGAAGGAAGUCUGCGACGUGGCAGAGUGGGGGAUCAGGAAGUUGGGUCUAAUGAAGUAUGCCGAUAAAGCAGCAGGAAGUUACAGCGGAGGAAACAUGAGGAAACUGUCCACAGCCAUGGCUCUGAUUGGUGCUCCACCUGUCGUCUUCCUGGACGAGCCCACGACCGGCAUGGACCCCAAAGCUCGCCGAGCGCUCUGGAACUGCAUCCACAGUGUCAUCAAGGAGGGACGCUCCGUCGUCCUCACCUCACACAGUAUGGAGGAGUGCGAGGCUCUGUGUACCAGGAUGGCCAUCAUGGUGAACGGCAGGUUCAGAUGUCUCGGCAGCGUCCAACACCUGAAGAACAGGUUUGGUGACGGGUACACCAUCAUCCUGCGGGUGGCGGGGCCCGACCCCGACCUGCUGCCCGUCAUGAAGUUCAUCGAGAGCGAGCUGAGCGGCAGCACGCUGAAGGAGAAGCACAGGAACAUGCUUCAGUACCAGCUGCCAUCUUCCCUCACCUCCCUCUCCCACAUCUUCUCCAUCCUCGCCAAAAAUAAAGUGACGCUGAGGAUCGAGGACUACUCAGUCACUCAGACCACACUGGACCAGGUGUUUGUGAACUUUGCUAAGGACCAGAGCGACGACUAUCACUCCAAAGACAACUCGGUGAGACGGAAACACGUCUCCAUCGAAGUUCCCACGCUGAGCUCGAGCCGAGGAGCUGCUGAGGGGGGGGGCGCGCUGAGGGAGAGCGUCAUGUGAUCAAGUUCGGGAGGCUGAGAGGACGCCCCCUCCUCACCUGUUGUGAUGUCAUGCUGAUUUUAAUACUGUAGACGGAGUCACCUGCUGCCUCAUGCCAGUCAAUGCAGAUGAUUUCCUGUGGCGCCGCCGAGGCGCCCGCCGCCCGGACUGAGUGUUAGAGAAACUUGAAUAUCCGCCUUCAGGUUUUAUCUUCUGUGAUCGAAGCGUUUGUUCGGAAGCAACGAUGAAGAAUCCAAAUCAUUUCAAACGGCCGAGGGCUCGACUGCAAACAUCCGAUUCUUAGAAAACGUCUGAUUCCGUUUUUAUUGUGACUUUUAUUUAUAUGUGUAGAUGAAAGAGUGUCAUUACUGUUUCCUAUAGCGUUUAACAGCCAAUCAAAGUGCUCAAUGCAAAGUGCUGCACGAAGAAGAGUUGAUUCAUUUUCUAGUUUUUUAAAGAAAAUAAAAAGGAGCAGAUUUGUUUGUGUUGGCGUGAAGCAGUGAAAUACCUCAGCUCCUGAAAGCACACUACAGUAUUGAAGCUGGAACCAGCCGAUCGAUCAGUUCUCCUUCUCAUGUUGUGAUUGUUGGAUCAGAGAGAAGGAGCUUCAGCACUUUGUGUUCACGCCGUCAGUUCGUCUUUGCACUGUUUUAUUCUCUGAUCAUCAGGUGUUUAAUGUGACAGAAGGCUGAAGAUGAACUGUUACUGAACCACACGCAAUAAAAAGAAACCAGUCUGCAGA